CUCAGGGAAUGCAGACGCCGAAGCAUGCAGACUAUAGUGUAGAAGGGGGAAAGGGAUAAACAGCUCCAACGACCGCCCAAGAAUAGCGGCGAAACACAAAACCAGCAGGUAGACAUUGUCGCAUUCCAUGACAGUGGCUGGGCGGACCUAAACUGUAUCCCACCGGCCCGGAGAGCUAAUUUAACAUGAACAAGACGAAAUGCUGGCAAAUGUCAAUAAUAGGAGUCAAGCGAGCGGCUUGUGAAGGAUCAGAGCUCUGAGACUGGCUGGCGGAGCCCCGUUAAGACGCACAAGCGGAUUAGGACUCGAGAGCAGGUGCCUUUGUUGGCUCGCGCCGUUGCUAGUGGAGACCCGCAGUAGCCUGACGCGCUUCUUCAAAAUGAAUGCCUUCCAAUGAGAGUUUCUUCCGCAAACGCCGAAUAGAACGAGCUUGACAGGAGUUUUUUAACCAAUGUAAGUUCCGGCACCAUGUUCUACGGUUCCUCAUCUGCCAGCAUGUCUCUGCCAUCCAAGAACCGUCUGAAGCGUCAAAGUCGCACUUUUACACAGGUUCUGUAUCGGACACUGAGUUAUCGGGAUCGUCGUUCUGUUACCGACCUACCUGAGCAGGUACGGGAUGAUCCAGCUGAGCUUUCCACCCAAUCAUCUGCACCAGGUGUGCUGAAGAUAUUUGGUGAUGAAAUCAGUGCUGGCGCUAACUACAAAAGUGUUCUUGCCACACCUCGUUCCAGUGCCCAAGAGUUGAUCAAAGAGGCGCUUGAGCGCUAUUCUCUAAACAAGGUCUCAGCCUGUAGCUAUGUGUUAUGUGACGUGAUUGGACGGUUUGAGGGCCCAGAUCGACGGUGGCGGACUGAGUGCCUUCGGGCACUAGGGAACAACGAGAAACCCCUCCUCUUGCAGGACCUCUGGAAGCCAAAGGAGGGUUAUUCUCGCCGUUUUGAGCUCAGAAGAAGAGCCGAGGUUGAGGAACUGGCAGCAAAAGAGAAGGACACAGUCACUGCAGAUAUCAAUGCUCAAGCAAGGAAGUUGCAAAGAAACCGUGCUAAAGGUACAAUGACACUCCAGCACGGCUCCACAUUUUGCCGCAGCCUCAGUGAAACCAGCCUUAACUUGGAUCUGCCUGGUGAGGAACCUAAACGGUACUACUCCACCCUCCCAGGGCCAAUCAGAGCACGCUCCGCACGAGAUGCAGAGAACCGUAAAGAACGAGAUGGGGGAGGAGUUAAACAUUCACUCUACCAAUCACCACACUUGCUGCUCCUUCAAGGGUACAACCAACAGGAUUGUCUUGUUUACCUUUUGAAUCGAGAGCAACACACAGUUGGUCAGGAAACAGCAUCAGCACGGCCAAAUAUCUGCCUGUCGUCUCCGGAUGUGCUUCCACUUCACUGCCGAAUACGUCGUGCAUCGCAACGGCGCUCUUCCUCAGACCAGCAGUUACUUUUGGAGCCUGUCGCCCAUGGCAGUGUACUGGUUAACUUCACGCGUAUUGAGCGGCCCACUCCACUACGUCAUGGGGAUUUGCUGUCCUUUGGUGCUCAUUACAUCUUCCUAUACAAAGAUCCACUAAGUGCGAAACCACUUCCUGCCCAAACUCUCACUCGACUCCGAGCGCUGGCACGAAUAUGCGAUAGUGAGUCAGCUGGUGUGCCUGAGAAAGGAGAGGCAUGUCGUAUGUGUGGCGCCGCAUUACAUGAACCAGUGGCAUCUCGGCGCAGCUCUAAGGCACCAGUGCGAGGUGCACAGAAACGAAAGCUCCUGCUGGAAUUUGAGUGGGCUCACGAGGAUGCUCUGGUGAACCGGGUGCUGACACUUAUUGAGCCGAGUGGAGAUGACCACAAGCUGACACCAGCAUAUUUGCUUUGUCUAUGCAUCAAACACUCAGCUCAUACAUUUCCACCUGGCAGCUUUGGUAAACUAUUGCUGAAAAUUGCCAAGAGGAUUCAGACAAUAGCAUGGGAGAAGACAAAGGAGUUGGCACAGAAGCAAGCUCAGCAUCAAGAUCCUACCUCGCUCUCUCUGCUCAACAUCUCAGACCUAGUACCUGAUCUCCAGUUCAUUUUCUUCUGGAUGUCCAAUGCCAUCGAAAUACUGUAUUUCAUUCAGCAGAAAUCUCCUUCGUACAUGCAGACUAUUGAGCUCAUGGAUGAUAAAGUGGGAUCUAAAGAAUCUCUCCUUUCAGCAACAAUAUCAGCAAAUGAAGAAGCUAUGACCAUACUAGAGGAACUGAUCAUGUACACCUUUCAGCAGUGUGUUUAUUACAUCACUAAGUCUUUGUACAUUGUGUUGCCUGGCCUGUUGGACUGUAACCCAUUUGGGAUGGAGCCUUCAUCAGAGCAGUGCCGGCGGGCAGUUGGAGUGUGUGUGUGUGCCGUGUGUGUGAUGCCAGAGGCAGUCCGCAGGGUGGUGAGUGUGUUUCAGACUACAUCAGACCUGCUGCAACAGUACCAGGUUCAUUCAGAGAUUCAGAGUCAAAUGUUCGCCUACCUCUUCUUCUUCACCAACGUCUCGCUCUUCAAUCAACUCAUCGAUAAAGGCCCUGCACGUGGCUGGUUUCAACGUUCUCGGGUCCUGCAGAUCCAGGCUAGUGUGAAACUGCUGCUGGACUGGGCUAAAGGAGCAGGGCACAAUCAUCUCGCCCAGAAAUUCUUUGCCAAGUUCUGUAGCGCUAUAAGCAUCCUGGCUACACCCCCUCAACAGCUUUCACAGAUGAGUUGGAAGGCUUUGUGUGCAGAGCAUCCGUCUCUGAAGCCUGUCCAGCUACAUAGAAUCCUCACACAGUACCAGCUCAUGGCUGAGCUCGGUCCUGUACCAAUCUGGCAACCCAGCAAUGACGAUGAGGCAUAUAUCUACAGAACAGUUGAUCUACUGGAGAGUUUUGAGAACCACCCUCCAAUUGUGCUGCCGAGUGCUGGAUUCAAGGUGGACCUGGAGAGCGACAGUGUAGAGGACAGUAUAUACCGCCAACUACUUUACGUUCGUCACUUCCUUUGGGGUCUUCGUACCAAAACCCAUUCUUCUAAUGGCUGUGCAGACCGUCAGGAUGCCCAGCGUGAGACACCUCAGCCUCACUCCAGUCCACAUCCAGCAGCUCCUUUGCGUGGGGAGGGUGAGGGUGAGGUGCGGGGCUCCUCAGUGGGUCUUGGAGGUAGAGGAGAGGGAGCGGGAGCUGAGGAACGACCACGAGACAAGCCUCCACACAGCAUUCAUUACAGAAAUGGGACCAGCCGUUACACCAACCAAACCCAAGGGACAGACUCUUCCUGUAUACUGACUCCAACUAAUACGCCCCUCUGUCCGGAACACACGUAUAUACACUCCAACACACAGUCCAAUCAUGCCCACUACCCUGAGCAUGCUUCACAAGAGCACACACAUACACACUCUCACACAAAGUCCAAUGGUUGCAUGCGUUCUACUCCAGAACACAAGAAAAUCAAUGGCUUCAUCAACAAUGGCAUUGAAGGCCCUUUGAGUGGUUGUGGUUUUCCUUUCCCUGUCCCUGUCUCUCAUCUGGCCCCAAACUCUGAUGAUAUCUGUUCCGUCUUUAUAGUGGACCUGGAUAAAGGACCUUACGGCCUGGGAAUGGGACUUAUCGAUGGACUUCACACCCCUCUGAACUCUCCUGGAAUCUACAUCAGGACACUGAUUCCAGAUGGACCAGCUGCUGCAGAUGGGCGACUUUGCAUUGGUGACAGAAUCCUGGCAGUGAAUGGAACCAGUCUCAUUGGAGCAGACUACCAGAGUGCUGUGGAUUUGAUUCGUCUGGGUGGAGGACGGCUCCGGUUUCUUGUCGCCAAAUCAGAUCUUGAAGUAUCAGAAAAGAUCAGUGCCUCUUCCUGCUGAGAGAGAAGCUGCAAAUGUGACCCUCUACCUAGACGAAAUAUGAGGAGGACAGCGAUUCCUCUUUUCCAAGACUGGAGAACAAGCACACUAUAAGAUCUCUCAGUGACUACAGCCCUGUACAAUACUGCACUCUUUCUCAUUCAGAAUGACAUUUUGACAUCUCUGUCUUACCUUACCUCUUAGCCAGACUGGUUUUGUUUCUUCAAUGUCAAGGAAUACUGAAGGAGAAGGUAUUUGUGCACAUAAUCUGGCUGAUACUGUAAAAACAAUAUUCACAAUAUAGCAGACAUGAAAUGGGGCAAAAGUGGAUCUUAAGAUGGCUAACUUGCUCUUAAAUAGAAACCAAACAAUCUAGAUAAACAAUAAAACAAUUAAAUAAAAAAAAAUCUUCAAUGGCUUCGCUAAAAGGCACAAAUGCGUCUUUUAACAAAUAACCUUAAUGGAUGAAAAAAAAAAAAUUGACAUGAAU